AGAACUAGCUGAAGUCAAACCAUGCCAACGUUAAUAAUCCUAGAUGCGUCGCUAUCCAUGAUGCGACCCCUCGCAUCCUCUUCCGUGCCCCUUGAUCCAGCGAACACCGAAACAAGGCGGUCCGUCGCGCAGACGUGUCUUUGUUCUAUGUUGGACUACAUCUCGGCCAACGAUCGCAUGGAAUUCUGUGCCCUUGUUGCUUAUUCAUCGUUAUAUGAGGUUCUGAUGCCUUUUACAAGAGAUCAUAGUGAACUGAAAAUAGCCAUCCAGUCAAUGGAUACGUAUGAUAAGACGCUGCUAGACAAUGUACUCCUCAACAUGAGUAAUUAUGUGAUGGAAGAAUGGGGUUCCAAUACACCGGUCAAGGUAUUAUUGGUUACCGAUGGCAACCCGGGAAUAGGACCAGGAUCUCUGCGGCACAUCCUAUCAGAGAUGAGCCACCAGACCGACCCGUCCAAGAACCCUCUUCCGUUUGUCUUCCCGAGCGAGCUCCACGUCCUCCUCAUCAGCAGCCACUCGGAACUCGCCCAGAACAACGCCCUGAGCCUCUACCAGCGCCUCGUCGAUGCGAACGAGAGCGGGCAUGUCCACACGCCGGUAGAGGGUGCCCUGACGGUGAAGUCGGUCCAGAACAUGUUCAUGAAGUACGCCGAGUCGCAGCACAGCGUGUUCCGUACGACCCUUCACUGCGGGAACCUGCGCUCUGACGUGCAGCUCUUCCCGCAUCCCAAGGUGGCCACGGUGGAGCUGGACACGGAGGUCGUGACGCGAGAGGUCGGACCUGAUCUUCACGUGUGUGGGUUUCUUGAUAUGGGAGAUGUAGUGAGUCCUGCUUCCAUCUCUAGGCACCUUGUAAUCCCGUACACUAUUAAAGACAAGUCUGAAUCGUCUCCUGAUGGGAAGGAUGCUGAGAAGGCCGAAGACGAUCCGACCUCAUCAACGACCACGGAAGAUGGAAAAACACCAAGUUUCUGCGUGCUUCUGCACGGCAGCUUGAAGAUUAACAACAUGGUAGCGCUAGUCCAGAUCACUGAUGACUGGUAUGGUAUAUUGUACUCCUGGGCCGAUAGCAAGAAGAAAUCUAACAUGAUGCUGUCUAUCUUUAGUCCUGGAUCUAAAGCUGUACCUUGGCUGGGAAAGUUCACUCUGUUAGGACCAUGUUUAGCGUUUGACCAGAAUCCAUAUGGUGAAGAUGAUAACAAAUCGCCGUUUCCUGUUAUACCCGACUCUAAACGCAGCUAUGCACAAAAUCCUGUGGUCUGGAUCAAGAAUAGCAACCUUCAGUCGGAUGUACAGAAGAUUUUACGUUAUGCACGCAAGCUACCAGACAAGACUCAAGUUUUCUACAAGGAGCUGAAUCGGUUGCGACGUGCCACCUUGUCUUUCGGAAUGCAGGACUUCCUAGAAGGCAUCUCUCAGCUCCUGGAGAGAGAGUGCACCCUCCUUCCUCCGACCGCACACCCCGACGCUGCCAUACAGCUCACCCAUGCCGCCAAGCUUGUCAAGAACUCGGUCAACAAGGACUACAACUACUCCAUCGCACCACUCUCAACAAAUUUCACCGGGAAUACGUGAUGAAAAAGUGCUGUGGGUCGCCCAUGGGAUGACAAGACUCUAUGUGCUUGAUCGAUCGUAGAUCAAAAUGCAUGCUGGGAUACAUGCAGCACAUUUUAAUGCAGCUCUAUGGCUCCGACGAUGAUUCUCACAGGAACAAGACUGCAUUGUUGCAUUGCUUGAGAUGAAUUUCUCAGGAAGAAACCUGUGCGAUGACAGAUUUCACUUGAUAAAUGAGUUCUGAUAAGUCUGACCAGCUAUUCAUCAAACAAAAGAGAACCCGUCUUUUGAGGUCAUGAGAGUCAUGACAGAUAUCAUAGGGAGAGUAAGCUGAUGUUACGAGACCAGUUGGUAAUAACUGGCGUAACAAAGACCAGUGCUGCUGACAUCAUUGGACUAAAAAUCAUGCUAUUUUCUCUGAAAAUCCUUUCUUCAACUAAAAAAUCCUAUUUUUGCCACUAGUACGUCACCUGCAAAAUUUAAGCACGGAAUCUAGCUCACCAGUGUUUGAUAUAUUCACUAACUUUGCAGUUUACAUACAUACAUGUUUGUUAACUGUAUUAGCUCCUUGUCCAAGUGUUCUUGCUAUUACCAUUGAGUUGACUUAGUCCAUCCUUUGCUAUUUUGCUGUUGGGAAACAUGACUUUUACAAUUUCAGUUACAUGGACUGCUGAUGAAAACGACAGAAUGUGUUGUACUUAAAAAGCACACGUACAUGCAAUCAACACAGUGUUUUACAAUGUAUAAUACAGCGGAGGAGUCAUGGUGUAGUAGUUCUGACUCUCGCCUUGUAAACAGAGGGUCGUGUGUUUGAAUCCCACAGCGGUCUGACGUCCUUUGUCAAGGCGUUAAUCCACACUUUGCCACUCACGACCCAGGUGCUAAAUGGGUACCCGGAAGGAUGUGAAAGUCAUUGUAGCUUGUCCAGUACUGUGUGCACCUCACCGGCGACUAACUGGAAUACUCCCCAGGGAGUGGAGGAUGUGCACGCAUUGUGUGCGGAAUGACUGAUUGAAUCCGAUGACCGGGGUAAUAAUACAUCAGUAUCCCAUGUAUUAAGCGCUAUAUAAAAGCGACUUUAUUAGGUGGUCUGUCAUUAAGAUGACAGAUCACCUAUUAUAUUCGUCAGAAUUUUCUUUAUUUUUAUUGCCAAAUCUUUGUCCACCUCUAUCUCAAAAUCGGGCAUGUCAAUUUCCUUGAUUUUCAUGUCAUGUAUGGGCAUCAUUAUGGACAUGGGAAUGGAAACUUUUCAAGGUUAUCAAAUCAUGAUGACGUCAUCUAGGCGCCAUUUUGUAAAAUUAAAUGAUUGAUCAUAUCAUCGCAACUAAUCAUCAAAAAUCAUCCAUAUUUGCAUCAUAUCAAGUUCAGGUGACAGGUCAUCAGGACAUAUCAUCAGAGGUCAUGCAAAGGUCACGACGCGCACGUACGCGCGCGUCAAAAUUUUAAAUUUCCCCAAAUCGACCGUGGUCAAGUUUGGGUACGUUUCUGGUCAUUUUGAGCAUGUCAAGAAUUUGCGCGCGCACAGGUAUGCGUGCGCGUUCUUGCACCUACCAUCGUUAUGCAUCUUCGAGUCAUCAUUUCUUUCAUGUCUUUCCAUUGUUCAUUAUCUUCUGAUUAAUUUGAUACCUCAUUCAGCCUCUUACGACCAAUAAUACGGGAAUGCGCGUCCAUUCAAAUUUGCAUUACGCGCGCGUAAAUGGGCUAAAAUAUGCCUAUAUAAAAUUCACUGUAGCUCUUCAGGGAGUCCGUUGACCCCAAUUUUUCUUUUCAUAUUCGAAUAGAGUAUGAAUAGGAGAUAUGAUUUCAUGCCACAUUUGACUCUUAAUUACAUCGUGACGUCAUCAAAAUGGCGUCGGAACUAAGAACAAGUGUUUUCUGUUUCAUGAUGUCACCACAGUCAUUUAAAUUGAUUUUAAUUCCGUAAAUCUUGGUCUGUUCUCGCCAAAUUUUCAAUAUGUUUUAGCUUAGAAUGUAUCCUUUAGACAAUAUCUCCACUGUUUCAUUUUAAAGCUUGUACUAUUCUCAAAACUAGAAUUUGUAGAGUUUUGUCAUCAUGCCAAUUUGGAAUUGCAAGAAUGUACAUUCAAUGUCAAGUUGACAAUAUGUUUCCUAUUUUGCUCUCUGUGCUUGUCGAACACACUGUGGCCGACUGGAUAACACACCUGACUGGUAUACCAGGGUUCGGUGGUUCAAACCUCGCUGGACCCCCUUUUUUUUUUUUUUUUUUUUUUUUGGUCCUUUUUAGGUGGUCUGUCAUUAAGAUGACAGAUCACCUAUUAUAUUCGUCAGAAUUUUCUUUAUUUUUAUUGCCAAAUCUUUGUCCACCUCUAUCUCAAAAUCGGGCAUGUCAAUUUCCUUGAUUUUCAUGUCAUGUAUGGGCAUCAUUAUGGACAUGGGAAUGGAAACUUUUCAAGGUUAUCAAAUCAUGAUGACGUCAUCUAGGCGCCAUUUUGUAAAAUUAAAUGAUUGAUCAUAUCAUCGCAACUAAUCAUCAAAAAUCAUCCAUAUUUGCAUCAUAUCAAGUUCAGGUGACAGGUCAUCAGGACAUAUCAUCAGAGGUCAUGCAAAGGUCACGACGCGCACGUACGCGCGCGUCAAAAUUUUAAAUUUCCCCAAAUCGACCGUGGUCAAGUUUGGGUACGUUUCUGGUCAUUUUGAGCAUGUCAAGAAUUUGCGCGCGCACAGGUAUGCGUGCGCGUUCUUGCACCUACCAUCGUUAUGCAUCUUCGAGUCAUCAUUUCUUUCAUGUCUUUCCAUUGUUCAUUAUCUUCUGAUUAAUUUGAUACCUCAUUCAGCCUCUUACGACCAAUAAUACGGGAAUGCGCGUCCAUUCAAAUUUGCAUUACGCGCGCGUAAAUGGGCUAAAAUAUGCCUAUAUAAAAUUCACUGUAGCUCUUCAGGGAGUCCGUUGACCCCAAUUUUUCUUUUCAUAUUCGAAUAGAGUAUGAAUAGGAGAUAUGAUUUCAUGCCACAUUUGACUCUUAAUUACAUCGUGACGUCAUCAAAAUGGCGUCGGAACUAAGAACAAGUGUUUUCUGUUUCAUGAUGUCACCACAGUCAUUUAAAUUGAUUUUAAUUCCGUAAAUCUUGGUCUGUUCUCGCCAAAUUUUCAAUAUGUUUUAGCUUAGAAUGUAUCCUUUAGACAAUAUCUCCACUGUUUCAUUUUAAAGCUUGUACUAUUCUCAAAACUAGAAUUUGUAGAGUUUUGUCAUCAUGCCAAUUUGGAAUUGCAAGAAUGUACAUUCAAUGUCAAGUUGACAAUAUGUUUCCUAUUUUGCUCUCUGUGCUUGUCGAACACACUGUGGCCGACUGGAUAACACACCUGACUGGUAUACCAGGGUUCGGUGGUUCAAACCUCGCUGGACCCCCUUUUUUUUUUUUUUUUUUUUUUUUGGUCCUUUUUAGGUGGUCUGUCAUUAAGAUGACAGAUCACCUAUUAUAUUCGUCAGAAUUUUCUUUAUUUUUAUUGCCAAAUCUUUGUCCACCUCUAUCUCAAAAUCGGGCAUGUCAAUUUCCUUGAUUUUCAUGUCAUGUAUGGGCAUCAUUAUGGACAUGGGAAUGGAAACUUUUCAAGGUUAUCAAAUCAUGAUGACGUCAUCUAGGCGCCAUUUUGUAAAAUUAAAUGAUUGAUCAUAUCAUCGCAACUAAUCAUCAAAAAUCAUCCAUAUUUGCAUCAUAUCAAGUUCAGGUGACAGGUCAUCAGGACAUAUCAUCAGAGGUCAUGCAAAGGUCACGACGCGCACGUACGCGCGCGUCAAAAUUUUAAAUUUCCCCAAAUCGACCGUGGUCAAGUUUGGGUACGUUUCUGGUCAUUUUGAGCAUGUCAAGAAUUUGCGCGCGCACAGGUAUGCGUGCGCGUUCUUGCACCUACCAUCGUUAUGCAUCUUCGAGUCAUCAUUUCUUUCAUGUCUUUCCAUUGUUCAUUAUCUUCUGAUUAAUUUGAUACCUCAUUCAGCCUCUUACGACCAAUAAUACGGGAAUGCGCGUCCAUUCAAAUUUGCAUUACGCGCGCGUAAAUGGGCUAAAAUAUGCCUAUAUAAAAUUCACUGUAGCUCUUCAGGGAGUCCGUUGACCCCAAAUUUUUUCUCACUCUUUUAUAUAUUCAAUAUUUCAUUUGGAGAUUUUGUAAUUACGUCAAUUUUAAGUUAUUAGUGAAAAUUACAUAUUUCCGCAACAAACGUCAAUGACUUGACCGUAUCUUCGUUUUUACUGGUCAGUUUUCUUCCAAAUUUUGAUAUCGUAUAGUGAAGACAAUUCUCUACAAAUAACGUGUGAAUAAUUUUGACUUUUGACCACAGCAUCAAUGUGUUAUGAUGUGUUUAAAUUUUUGCAAAUUUUUUCUGGACGUAAUUUUUGAGAAAUUCUUUAGAGAAAUGUUUUAUUAACCAAUUGUACAGUCUUCCUGAAAAUUUCAAGCCCACUUGCCUUGCAUUUUUUUAUGUAGGACAAUUUUUGUAAUUUUGCCGGAACUUUUUAAGGGGCAAUUUUAACAUUGUAAAACAUCAUUUAUGUAUUUUUUAGUAAA